AUGCAUCGUCGCUCCGGCUCAGGUCGCUCCUCAAACCCCAACGUCUUCUCGGAUGAAUACUCGCUGGAACCGAUCGAUUCCGAACAGUCCACCCUGACGCCGGAAGCCCGAAGCCCGUCCAUCUCCUCGAUCGCCUCGUCCAACACGCUCCGAGGGUCGCUACGCCAGCAAGGGAAACCGUAUGGCACCGUGCCGACCGAUGCGGAAACGACAGAGAACCCGUUUGGGGAUGACGCUCGACUCUCCGAUGAAGAUGCCACCCGAUCGAGCCUCCCCCAGAAGGGGUACGAUGUGACCAACCGCAACUCCAUCGCCUCCACCAAUACCGCCCCGUCCAUGACGCAACGGAGUCAGAGUACCUCGUCUCGCUUCUCGAUGCCUCCCCGGGCCUUGAGUCCCUACACGGGGGCGACCGGCCCCAGUCAUCCCUACGCCAUGUACCCUCAGGUGGGUGUCAGCCGAUCGCCCAGCGUCACGACAACGUCGACCAUCCGGCCGCCAGAUCGACCGUUGGGAGACGCGAACGCACCCCAGCACCCUUACGCCAUGUACCCGCAAAACGUGGUUCCCGAGGAGGGCAUCGAAACCCCGCCGGUCAUCCCGCUUGGAUUCCCCGGUCACAUCCAGACCUAUCAGCGGCCGUCCGGUCGCGCCGACGACGAUGUAGGGGACCUUGUGGGGCCCGAUGGCCACCUCGAACAACUACCGCCCUACUCACGCUACCCGGAUGUCGCAGCACCGAAGAUCGAAGGGCAAGUUGAUUCCACGAACGACGCGGGCGUCGUUCCAGAUGAGAACAGCACCAACGGCCCUACGGCGAUUCCGGUGUCCGAGGUAUCCUCGAGAACCUUGGUGACCGAAACGGCGGCGUUGCAGACGGAGAGCCAACGCCAGAGCCAGUCAUCGGAUCGUCCUCCGGCGACCGGCGUAAUGGCUUUUGAAGAGAAACUGAAGAGCAAGGGUAAGAAGAAAGCGUGCUGCGGGCUUCCUGUGUGGACAUUGAUCCUGGUGGGAGUAAUCAUGCUGGUCGGGGCGUGCAUUGGAGGCGUUAUCGGGGGCGUCUUGGGGGCGAAAAAGGCGGCAGAGGAAGAAAACGAGAAGGAUGAUGGACCGAACAUUGUCACCGUGACUACGACGCCCAAGAUGGACGCUACGCCGAUAUCGACGAUCCCCGCGAACCUGAAAUCGGCGCCCACCGGGCAGUUCGUGAUCCCGGCGGUGAACAACAAUCAAUCGAAAUUCUGCGUCGUCGAGUCUGACUACCGACCGGCCUGGCGAUGCAUGGAGUCGGGCAAGAUCCCCAUUUCCGUCGAGGGCACGGAUACCGACCGCUCGAUUAGCUUUGAGAACGAAGUGUUUUCUCCGUCGUUCACUUACGGUGCCCAGGCACCGUUAUUCGCUCCUUCCACGCAGUCUCUUCGCCUGAUGAUGGACGGCAGCGAUCUUAGCCUGGGACCCGCCCUGACUUUCUUCGGCUUGUUUGAUAAGUUGGUGAUUCUGCCGCAGGAUACAUUCUCCACUGAUGUGGCCACGAAGCGGUCAGUCUCUGAAAGGGAUGUUAUGGUCAAUACUGUCCAGCGUAGACAGGCGUCCGAAGCUGGAGAUCGGCCAUGGUUCUGUUGGUGGAAUAGCACGAUGAUGGAGUUCUUCCUCUACCUGAACGAAACUUCCCGGGACGCCCAGCAGGGCUCCACGAUGUCGCUGGCCAGCGGCGCCGAGGCCACACCCGUCUCCGACUCCGGCAAAUCGAGGCGGGAUGUCUCGGUGCCCUACUAUCCUCGACGCAUCAAGAUGUCGGAAAAGCGGGACUACCCCGAGGCACCGUCUCCGUACUGUGAGCAGAUGCAGGUGAUGGACAACGGCUCUCUGUCAGCGGUCUCUGAUACGACGAUCAAGAUCAAGGAGCUUGAACCCACCCCGACGACGACGGUUGGGGGUAUUGGAAGCUCUACGCAGACGUACACCGCCAUGGCACAAUAUGAAAGCGUGUGUUAUUGCGCGUCGUUGACCGACUAG